GUCCCCGCACCGACAGAGCUAGUUGUCAACUUUGAGCUUAAUCUCUAAAUAUUUGGCCUGCUAGUUUCACACCAGAGACAAACGGAGUACGGGGUUUUAAAAUGGAGGAUGUUAAAUAUGGAAAGAUAUUGAAUGCUGCUGGAGUUUUGAAUCCACUGAAGUUGUUUGAUGCAUAGCCUUCUGCUAAAGCGAGACAAAAAUGGAGGAUAAGUUAAAAAGAUCUUCACCGAAGGAUCAAACAGGCCAGUCCUCAUGUGAAGACUGGUUUAAGAGAAGGCAAAGAUCAGUAGACCAUCAGUAUGACACAACACCAAGAAAACACAGCUACAGCUCUCUCAAAACUCAUCAUAGUGGACUAAAUGACGGCUCAAACAAGGACAAUAGAGCUGAGCCUUCCUCCCAGGAUAAAAGAAUCAGCAGAAGAUCAACAGACCGAAGAGAGCUGAGAUAUUCUUCUAAAAAUCUUUGUGUUCAGCAGAAGAAAGAAAGUCAUACACAUCUGGGAUGGCAUGAGGGUUACAGAGGGACCACACCUACUCCAAACCCUGCUGACAGAGCCAAAUCAGCAGUUACAUGUAGUAGCACAUUUGAAAUGAAACUGGCAGAUUUCCCUGAAUUGGGUGACAUCACACUCGGCAACCCCUCAGCAAACUCUUGGCACCAGGAACCAUCAACAGGUGUUGGUGCAGUCAUGCCAGCAGAGGGACAGCAGUCACCAGCAGUCAUCUGGAAGAAUGUAUCAAAGCGAAGAACCAAGUCUGCUCAGCAAGUCCCAUCAAGUGGAAUGAGUGAAGAUCCGGAUAGUGCAUUAUCCAAUCCCAUUGGAUCACCUGCACCAUCCUGGGCAAAUAUUGCCUCUCAGCCUCUCAAAGUAAUUCAGGAAAUUCCUAAAGCCAGUGCAUCCUCUCAGGAGGAUUUAUCGGCACAACCAGCAGAACAGAAAGCAGAGAAGAAGAGAAGAAAGAAAAAGAAGAAAUCCAAAACAGCCUCUGAAGACAUAAAGGAGCAGACACCAGAGGAACAUUUCAUUCAGCAGGAACCACCAAAGUUUGAGGAUGAAGAGGAGUUUCCAGACCUGUCGCUUGCAUUUGAACUCAAAAGACAUUCUGGAGCACAGAAAGAAGGAUUGUCUCUAAAUCCGGAGAUAAAAUUCAAAUCCACUACAUCAAAUUCUGCCUCUAGAGACACAAAGAAAACACAGCAGACUAGUCAGAAGAAGUCAAAAGUUCCUGUACAGCUUGACCUUGGAAACAUGCUGACAUUUCUUGAACAGAAGCAACAGUCUCAGAAAUCAAAACAAGACCAGCGGCCAGUAAUACUAUCAGUUGGUGGAGCUCUGCCUGUAGUACACAAAGACCCUUCAGUUCAGAAGAAGCCAUGGCAGCAAGAAAAGACACCACACAACCCAUUGGACUCCACCUGUCCUUUAGUGAAAAAGGGAAAGCAACGAGAAGUUCCCAAGGCAAAGAAACCAACACCACUGAAAAGAGUCAUUCUGCGGGAAAGAGAGGAGAGAAAACAGAACCGCUUGCUAGUGGAGAGAGACCCAGCCAGUUUGGCCUCCGAACCUUGUGAAAAGGAAACUAGUUAUAGCGAAAACCCUUCUGAAACAAGUCUGACUGACCAGGACCAACAUGUUCUUACAGAUACAGAUGACAACCCUGAAGUUGUUGGUACUGAAGAGUCAGAGAGUGACCAGCCUGCUUCACCAUCUAAUGACAGGGAUAACAGUCUGGUAGAAAAUGCAACAUUACAAACCUGCAAUCCCAGUUCCAAUCCCAAUCUUCCCAAAAUCCACAGCAGGAAGUUUAGAGACUACUGCAACCAGGUACUUAGCAAAGAUGUAGAUGAAUGUGUGAGUGGCUUAUUGAAGGAGCUGGUGAGGUUUCAGGAUCGUCUGUAUCAGAAAGAUCCCAUGAAAGCCAGGAUGAAGCGGCGUCUGGUCAUGGGCCUCAGAGAAGUGCUGAAGCACCUCAAACUCAAGAAGGUCAAGUGCGUUAUCAUCUCACCCAACUGUGAAAGGAUUCAGUCCAAAGGUGGUCUAGAUGAGGCUCUUCACACUAUUAUUGAAACAUGCCGUGAUCAAGGCAUUCCAUUUGUGUUCGCCUUGUCGAGAAAGGCACUGGGCCGCUGUGUUAAUAAAGCUGUCCCUGUCAGCUUGGUGGGCAUCUUUAACUAUGAUGGCGCUCAGGACCUCUAUCAUAAAAUGGUUGAGUUAUCGGCUGAGGCGAGAAAGGCCUAUGAAGUGAUGAUGAUUGCAAAUAUUGAGUCAGCAUCACAGGAGCAGGAGGAAGUGCAGGAAGUGGAGCCACCAGUGGAACCUUCUGAACCUGAAGAGCCAGAAUACAUAAAAAUCUGGAAGAAAAUGCUGGAGAAAGAUUACAACCACCCCUUCCUGAACUUUGAGGAGCAGUUUUCAUCUGUCUCCAUCCAUUCAGAUCAGCUGCUGAAUGACCACGAAGGAAGUUGAUGGAGGUACACAAAUGAACGAGAAAAAAUGCUUGUUUUGCUGGGUGAGGCUUUAAGACUUGGACAUUGUGCGAUAAUGAAAAAGUCCAUCGAAGAGGAAUAGCUUGAAGUACCAAAUGUGCCUAUGAUUAUGUCUAGAGGAUUAUAUUGUAAUCAAAAAUGUAAACUUAUUCCUGUGGCCUGGAAUGCUGUAAGAAACCAAGAAGCAAUACAGCUGAAAAUGGAGAACAGCCCUUGACUAACAAUAUUUUCUUAGAGGUAUCACAGUUUGUUUCGCAAUCUGAAUGGUGAAUAUUUUUGCUAAUCUACAUUCACUCUAUUUCUAUUAAAAGAAGUGUUAAUAGUUUAAUAUUGAUCCUUGAAACAAUCUAGCCCCUAUAAUUAUGUACAUGUUUACAUUUGUAAAACAAAUGUAUUUUCUUUCCAGAAUUGAAUGCACAACUAUACUAAUCAUGACCACUGUGUUUGUAGACAAUGAGUUCUUUCAAACUCUCUCUUGAAAUCAGCAGGGCACCGUUUAAUUAUGAAGGCUGAUAAACAAAUGUUUGUAAUGACCAUGAACUGUUUGUUGGAAUACCGGCCUCCCUUAGAACUUAAUUCAUAGUCCUUACUUUUAAUGUGUAAGCCACCUUUAGCUGAUCUUCAUGUUUGAAUUCCUCAACACUAGCUAAUCCAUUUAUACUGAAUAUCUGUAGUUUCCAGAGUCCUUGUGGGAGGUUCUCUUUUGUAACAUUUACCCAGGUUUAUGUCUUGAUGCUGUUGACUGCAGUUAAUAGAAAAUGUGUAUGUUAUGCAAUUGUGUAGUACUCAGCUGAUCAGUGGUACGUAUACAUGUAGCAUAGAGCUGACAAUUCACAACUUCACUUUGCAGUACUAGGUAACUUAAGGAAUCAUUUCACAUAUGCAUUUUCUGCUUUGCUGCUAUGUACUCUGACAUGUAAGGAAUGUUGACUUUGGGACCAGAAACACCUUUGUGUUUGUGAAGAAUUCAAUGCAAGCACAAGAGUUUUCUCCGUUAUUUGCAAUAGAUUGUUUGCAAUAAACUAGUGUCUUUUAUGCGUAA